UUUGUUGUGGUUUCUGCCUUGGUGGGCGCAACGCAGUACGGCUACAAUCAGUCCUUUUGUCCAAGCUCAGCUGUUAACCAGUGCUUUUUUUUCUGCAGGACUCACCCCGCCAUUUUUUUCUCCUGCUUUAAUUCUCUUUUCCCCCUCCUCCAUUCCCCCAAACCAGCUCCUCACGAGAAACCUCUUGACGAGCUCACGCAUCCAUCAUGUCCGGCUCCAAGAACACCCUGUCGGCCAACGACAACAUCCAGCGCUUUGCUGCUCCCAGCCGACCCCUCAGCCCUCUGCCCGAGCACGCUCUCUUCUCGGACAAGACGCGAUGCUUCGUCUACGGCCUGCAGCCCCGAGCCGUCCAGGGCAUGCUGGACUUUGACUUCAUCUGCAAGCGAAAGACCCCCUCAGUCGCCGGCAUCAUCUACACCUUCGGUGGCCAGUUCGUCAGCAAGAUGUACUGGGGCACCAGCGAGACUCUGCUGCCCGUCUACCAGCAGGUCGACAAGGCCAUUGCCAAGCACCCCGAUGUCGAUGUCGUGGUCAACUUUGCUUCUUCCCGAAGUGUCUACAGCUCCACCAUGGAAUUGAUGGAGUUCCCUCAGAUCAAGACCAUUGCUAUUAUUGCAGAGGGUGUUCCUGAGCGACGAGCUCGUGAGAUCGCCCAUGUCGCCCAGAAGAAGGGCAUCACCAUCAUUGGGCCCGCCACCGUUGGUGGUAUCAAGCCCGGUUGCUUCAAGAUUGGUAACACGGGUGGUAUGAUGGACAACAUUGUUGCCUCCAAGCUGUACCGCAAGGGUUCCGUUGGCUACGUCUCCAAGUCUGGUGGUAUGUCCAACGAGCUCAACAACAUCAUUUCUCAGAACUCCGACGGCGUCUACGAGGGUGUCGCCAUUGGUGGUGACAGAUACCCCGGUACCACUUUCAUCGACCACCUGCUGCGAUACCAGGCCGAUCCUGACUGCAAGAUCCUGGUUCUCCUUGGUGAGGUUGGUGGUGUUGAGGAGUACAAGGUGAUUGACGCCGUCAAGCAGGGCAUCAUCACCAAGCCCAUUGUUGCGUGGGCCAUUGGUACUUGCUCCAGCAUGUUCAAGACCGAGGUUCAGUUCGGUCACGCCGGUUCUUUUGCCAACUCUCAGCUUGAGACUGCCACUGCCAAGAACCAGGCCAUGAAGGAGGCUGGCUUCUACGUCCCCAACACCUUUGAGGAUAUGCCCGCUGUGGUCAAGGAGGUCUACGAGAAGCUCGUCAAGGCGGGCACCAUUGUUCCCCGAUCUGAGCCCGUUGUCCCCAAGAUCCCCAUUGACUACUCUUGGGCCCAGGAGCUCGGCCUCAUCCGAAAGCCCGCUGCCUUCAUCUCUACCAUCUCCGAUGACCGUGGCCAGGAGCUUCUCUAUGCCGGCAUGCCCAUUUCCGAUGUCUUCAAGGAGGAUAUUGGUGUCGGUGGUGUCAUGUCUCUGCUGUGGUUCCGCCGCAGACUGCCCGACUACGCCUCCAAGUUCUUGGAGAUGGUUCUCAUGCUUACUGCGGAUCACGGUCCUGCCGUCUCUGGUGCCAUGAACACCAUCAUCACCACCCGUGCUGGCAAGGACCUUAUCAGCGCCCUCGUUUCUGGUCUGCUGACCAUUGGUUCCCGAUUCGGUGGUGCCCUUGAUGGUGCUGCUGAGGAGUUCACCAAGGCCUUUGACAAGAACAUGAGCCCCCGUGACUUCGUCGACAGCAUGCGCAAGGCCAACAAGCUGAUCCCCGGUAUUGGCCACCGUAUCAAGUCACGAAACAACCCUGAUCUGCGUGUUGAGCUUGUCAAGGAGUACGUCCGCGCCAAGUUCCCCAGCCACAAGCUGCUCGACUACGCUCUGGCUGUCGAGACCGUCACAACCUCCAAGAAGGACAGCCUGAUCCUCAACGUUGACGGCUGUAUCGCCGUGUGCUUCGUUGACCUGAUGCGCAACUGCGGUGCCUUCUCAUCCGAAGAGGCUGAGGACUACCUCAAGAUGGGUGUCCUCAACGGUCUGUUCGUCCUGGGCCGAAGCAUUGGUCUCAUUGCCCACUACCUCGACCAGAAGAGACUGCGCACUGGUCUGUACCGUCAUCCUUGGGAUGAUAUUACCUACCUGCUGCCCAACCUCAGCGAAGGCCGGGGUACUGAGGGCAGAGUGGAGGUCCAGAUGUAAUUUGAAGCUGAAUGGAAAUGAGAGGAGCGUUAGAAAAUCUUUUAUAGCAGCUGUGGGUAUUGAAUGGAUUUGGGAAGGAUUGGUGAUUUGUAAAGGAUUGAACAGCGUCACAAGUACGCUGCGGAGAAACAUUAUGAAGUAUUUAAAUCAUAUUUUGAUUCAUGACAAUAGAACAAAAAAUUAAUUCACCACGGCAUGAUUAUCU